CCGUGGGCAUGGCAAGGGUGAUACAUUUUGAAGUAUCUACACUACAUGAACCAUCCGCCAGAUGUUCCGUGGUUUCCAUGCUUCCAACGCGUUCACACUGCAACGAGCGAAGCACCCUAGUGCGGCUGGAAUCACAUUUGAAUUUCCACAUUGACUCUGACAUUUUAUCCUGACAAAACCAUGCUCCUGUCAUUCCGGUUGCCCGUUACGCACACUAUGCGAAGGCCCUGUGUCCUGCGCCCGCUGCGAUUUUGCGUGCCCUCCCUUCCUGCUAGAACGCAAGCCCGAUUGGUGUUCGAUGAUCCGUGCUACCGGCGCCAAAACGAAGAGGAUUGGACAAACGGCUCGAAGCAAACCGUCCAUGCGAAUGAGUGGCGAGAUGCCGCCGGUGCUCCACUGAAUAAGCAAGAGGCGAAGAUGAGGCAGAAAACUGCGGUCCUCGCCACCGUGCCUGCCAGCGAUACAGCGGUGGUUCACGAUGUGCAGGUAUCAACGACCAAAUGAGUCUGUGGAAAUGGAAAGUCCCCUUAGUAGAGUAAAGAGACAGGUAUACCUUGCGUGAAAACGAUUUAGAAGUGUGGUUGGAGCAAUGCGAAAUCCUAUUGCCACAUGAGAACCAGUCACGACCCUUUCCACCUGCUGGACAUUUUUUUCCAUACCAGCAGGCCCUGAAGCACUGUCUGCACGUGCUGUAUACCAACGGCGAAAAGUUUCUAGACAGCGGUAUGAUGAUGAAAAACUCUGCCCACAUGCAAAAAACGCAUUUUGCAUAUGCAAAUGAGCUGCCGUGCAGUGCCGAAACCAAAGAGACAAUCGUGCCAAAAAUGCCAUGUGGGCAAAGUUUUUCCUACUACUGAAGACGGCGGGUACCACAAGCCGAUGCUAAAUGCGGACAAGCUUUUCAAGUUUUGCGUCAAGGUCGAAAUUGCGUUCCUCGUCACGAACCUGUGCCUGCAAACGCCCUUGCUGUUCGAGGUAUUGAUGAUAUCGAACAGAAGAGUACACCUGUACCACAAAGAAAAUCGAAUUUGUGUUGCUAAAUUGACGUUACUGGAAAGUCUGUAAUGCGGAGACCACACAAGAAAACAUUUUCCUUUGUGCAAAAUGCAGUUUGUAAUGCGUUCUGACGGUUGGAAAGAGGUAUGGCAAAAACUCUGUCAUGCUCUGCAGCCCAGAAGGGUUUUUUGCCAAACAAAAAACAGCAUGUCAAAUUUAUUUCUUUUCUGGUGUGGGUGUACUUUUUUGGGGAAUAGAUGAAUGCGCAUCUCCAGUACGCGUCGCUCGCACUCGCCUGGUGGGCUGCGGUCUAUGUUAUCAAAGUGAAGAUAGCCCUCGUCCCAUAUUCAGAUGGAAAUUUCUGUUGCUGGAUCGCUCUGAACAAAUUGGGGCUGUUUUCCAGCAGGCAAGACAAGGAUGAUUUUUGACCAGAAAUGAGCGUCACAAAUUUCCGUUUUGAUUAUGGGGCGGGGGAAUUUUAGCUCGAGAUACAUGUUGGCUUAGACCUGGCCAAGUACCCUGGCUGGGUGGUAUGCGGCACGACAACCGCACUCCAACUCCCGAUAUCCUGAGUAAAAACGUACCCACACCAGAGUCAGGAUGAGGAUUUUGCAACACAAACCUAGGAGUUUUGUGAGUCACGCAUGACAAGUUGCACUAUGCAGUGUAGUGCUGAUUAGCAAGUGCAGCCGCAUCACAGAUUCACCUGCUCAUCCCGUUCACAGCAUCACAAAUUGCAAAACACAAUUCGAAAUAGCUCUCAUGGGGAUGCGCAUUACAAGUCUUCCUGUCUUUGCAAAUCUGCAUUACAACUCUGGUGUGGGUACGUUUUUACUCAGGAUACCCGACUGCAAGGUGGUAUCCACGAAGCGCGACCGCAAGUUUGGUCUUCGCUCUCGGGGUAUACAUUGCAAAUACGUCUGGGUCUGAAAGGAUGCGAAGUGUGUCAUGCUCGUCUGGCAUGCCUGAAGAGUUUGUGAUGCACGUUCAAGAAGAGGUCCUUUUGCUCGUCAUGCAAAAACGCAGUUUGUCAUGCGUCGGAAAACGCAAAAUGAAGCCGCGCAAAUAUUUCUCAUGCUUGGCUGUGCAUUACAGAGCAUUCAGUAUUCACAAGUCAGCAUUACAUCUUUCCAGACCCAGACAUAUUUGCAUUGGAUACGGAGCGAUUGGGCUCUGCUGUACGGAAGCGAGCGUGCAACUUUCGUGUUAUCCUGUGUAAAAACGUCCCCAGCCCAUAGGUGUCAUGCAUAUUUGCACCUGCAGAAAUAUCUGUAAUGCGCAUCCGCAUGAGAAGAACUUGUAGUCGUGUUCUGAGAUUUGUAAUGCUGUAAACAGGACAAGCAUGCAUCUCCGUGGUGCGGCUGUCCUUGCUAAACAGCACUACACUAGUACAGAUGGAACCCUCUCAUGCGUAACUCCACGAAACUUGGACAUUUGUGUUGCAGACUACUUGGCAACUUGACUACGGGGUGGGGCCGUUUUUGCUCAGGAUACGGAUGGACCGUGGAUCAGCUACGGCGUCUUGCUGUCUGGCUACGGCGUGAUGCUCCUCCUGGACUGUGCGUUCCACAAGUCGCUGAUGCUGCCGUCUUGGCUCAUUCGCUGUAUCAUAUUGGGAAUCAUGUUUGCUCCCGAUAGAGAUUUCGGUUCUUAUCUACCUAAAGCGAGUGAUGUCGACUGGGUAUGGUUUGUCAUGAUGGAACCGAACCUCGCUCUAUACAUGCAUGCGCCGGCGAGCUAUCGCUUUACGUUUAUCAAAUACGGCAAACUUAUCCUUUGCAAAUAUUUCUUCAGCUCUGGCGCAUUGCAAAAUUGCAUCGUCGCUUCUGACAGAAUAUCCCCGCUCAGCAACACAAACUCAGUUUUCUGGGACUGCCCAUGGUUCGCACAUUGAUACGCAGGAAGCUUCUCCUGAACGUCGCAGCAAUUCUAUCGCAUUGAAAAUACUUCCCAGCCCAGAGUACAGAGGAAAGCCUCUGUGAGGUACAGAGGGGUUUUGCAGACGAUAUAAAGGGAUUUGCAUUUCGCAUGACGUCUGGCGCUUCAUUGUAGUCCAGUAUUGAAAAACAGCCCUCGUCGUAGUCGUAGCAGUUCAGACUUCUUUUUAAAACUAGUACAGGCUUAAACUAUUUCUGGGCUGGGAGGUUUUCACGGUGAUCGGCCCUUUCACUGUCAGUCUCCUGUGCGAAAGGUAGGGCUCUCGGACACGAUGGGGCUGAGCUGCUGCUGCAACAAAGAAACGCGGGUCGUGACCUGACGGAUCCUACUUUGAUAUAGUGCGCAGAAAGACGACUAGCUCAAGCGAAGAAGAAGGAAAAGAUGUGGCGCAAAUUCUAAUGCACUCGAAAAAAAAAGGAAAAAAAAAAAACUGUUUGGUGUACUGUGCGGCAACG